AUGUCUCUCCCGGAGUCAAGAAACACAACUGCUACCAAUGGCACCAGUACCAACGCCGUAAGCCAAGGCAACAUCAGCCAAGUGUCUGGAAGCAAUCGCAGUAGUGUUGAUCUAUUUGCACGAGCACCAGCCUCCGAGGGCCCUUAUUUUGCCGGUGCGCGGAUGCCAGAGAGAUCAGCACACCUCACGGGGCUAUCAACUCAACUCAAUGCUAUGGAGGAAAUUCUGAAGACUGGAAGUUAG